AUAUACACGGGAUUUUGAGCACUUAGCGUGGAGGGCGGCUAACAGCUGCUGAGACACCGGCGACACCGGAACCCGCAGCGCACUUCCGUGUUACAAAUCGAGCACACACGCUUUCAGGAAGUCAGUGAGGUUUUGUUGUAUUGUUGCUACGGAACUCGUGCAGUGGGAUUUAAACUUAGUAAACAUUAUUUGUCGACUUCAAAUCACAUUUCUAUUUCUAAGUUUUAUAUUUGUCUGUUAGCUAACCGUAAACCAAGAUGCCACCUAAAAAGCGCAACUCUGGGACGACACAGAGCAAGGGGCUGAAGCCCAGUGCUGAAAGUGCCUCUCCAGACAAGAGGGAGAGUCCAGAGUUAUCUCUUAAAAAACACAGAGACAAGGAUGCCGAGUUUGUGACCCUGUGCAAGAGCCUUCACGUCACAGACCUGGUUUGUGACCGUGCCUGGACCCUGUGGAAAACCAUUCAAGAGUCCAUGGAUGAAGUCGCUGACAAUCAGAAAAGGCUGUGGGGUGCUUGUCUCUUUGUGACUGUGACAGACAUGGAUGUUGCCUGUUUCACUUUAACUCAGGUUCUGAAAGCAGUCAGUCUAAAUGUAAAGCAGUUUAUGUCUCUGGUGAGGAAGUUGGAUGUGAACUUGGAUACAAUUAGCACCAAGGUGAAUUCAGCACUGACACGACUGGAGAAGAAGUAUGAUGUGACACUGGCUCUGUACCAGAGGUUUGAGAAGACUUGCAAGAAGAUCUUUGCUUUGGUUGCUGAUGGCAAGGAGAGAGAGACCAUGCGGAGCUGCUGGACAAUGUUUCUUUUGGCCAAAGGAAGGGUCUUACAGAUGGAUGAUGACCUGGUCAUAUCAUUCCAGCUGCUGCUUUGUACGCUGGAGUUAUUCAUCAAGCGCUGCCCUCCAGACCUUCUGCAGCCUCUUUACAAAUCAUCCAUCAGUAAAGUCCAGAGCCCCCCAACACGAACAUCUCGACGAAACCAGAGCAAAGCCAAAUCCCGACCUCCAGAGCCAGAGAUGGAUGUGCAGCUUCUCGAAACCUUGUGCAAAGAGAAUGAAUGCAAUGCAGAAGAGGUGAAGAAUGUAUACCAGACCAGUUUCUCUGCUUUCCUGGACUCACUAGAUCUUUCAAGAUCCCCAGAUUUUCCUCAGGUGAAUGACCUCGACCAACAAUAUGAAGAACACUACCUCAAAAGUAGAGACAUUGAUGGACGGCUGUUUUUUGAUGGAGAUGAGACUGUUCUUGUGCCUAAAGUCGAAAUAUUACAGGGGGAGAGAACGCCAAAGAAGAACCUGCAAGAUGAAGAUGCUGUACUCAUCCCUCCACAGACUCCAAUCAGAGCUGCCAUGACCUCCAUUCAGCAGUUGAGGGGUGAUCUCAUCUCCAGUGGGGACCAACCAUCAACUAACCUGGAUACAUAUUUCAAAAAUUGCACUGUGGACCCGACGCAGGACGUGCUGAAGCGUUUGGAGACACUUGAACAGGCGUUCAGCCAAAGAUUUGGUCAGGCAGUCGGUCCGCGCUGUGUCAUACUUGGCAAGCAGAGAUUUACCCUCGGAGUCAGACUGUAUUACAAAGUCAUGGAGGAAAUGCUGAAAUCGGAAGAGAAGCGACUGUCUGUGCAAAAUUUCAGUAAACUCCUCAAUGACUCCACAUUCCACACAUCACUCUUGGCCUGCGCUUUGGAGGUAGUCAUGGCAACAUAUGGAGAGAGCAGUUUUAAGACUGGAGGAUACAACCAUGGAGGUGGUGACCAAGCUGAUACAGAUGUGUGUUUCCCCUGGAUACUGGAUGUGUUCAAACUCUCCGCCUUUGACUUCUACAAAGUCAUCGAGAGCUUCAUCAAGGCUGACCCUACACUGAGCAAAGAUAUCGUCAAACAUUUGGAGACGUGUGAGAACCUCAUCAUGGAGAGGAUUGCAUGGAGGACGGCCUCCCCGCUGUUUGAGCUGCUGAAACAGGAGCAUGAGGGCGGAGCAGCAGAGCAGGUGGAGACCCCAGCCAGUUUCAGCCAACCACUGCAGCACAACCACACCGCAGCAGACCUAUAUCUGUCCCCCAUGCGCCCGGGCCAUCGUGCCUUACCUCCUGAGUCCCCAGCCACUGCCAGCUCUCAAGCUUCCUCUCAGGUUCUGACCCAGCCCGCUGGUCAGACUCCACGACACCCAAAGUCCAACUCUCUCAGCCUCUUCUAUAAAAAGUUGUAUCGCCUGGCUUAUACAAGACUAAAGAUACUCUGCUCCUACCUGUUGUCCUCCCACCCUGAACUGGAGCCCAUCAUAUGGACACUAUUCCAGCACACACUGCAGUACGAGUAUGAGCUGAUGAGAGACCGUCACCUCGACCAGUUGAUGAUGUCAGCCAUGUAUGCCAUAUGUAAAGUGAAGAGUGUUGAUCUGCGCUUCAAGACCAUCGUCACGGCAUACAAGAACAUGGCCAACACCAACCAGGAGACUUUUAAGCAUGUGUUAAUCACUGAAGGCCACUAUGACUCCAUAAUUGUCUUUUACAAUCAAGUGUUCAUGCAGAAGCUGAAAACCAACAUCCUGCAGUAUGCUUCUACCCGGCCGCCUACCCUCUCUCCAAUCCCACAAAUACCACGCAGCCCCUACAAGUUUCCAAAUUCACCUCUGCGUGUGCCUGGCAGCAAUAAUGUGUACAUCUCCCCUCUGAAAAGCCCACGCAUGUCCCCGGGUAUCAUGACUCCUCGCUCCAGAAUGUUGGUAUCGAUCGGUGAAUCUUUUGGGCUGUCCAGUCGCUUCCAAAAGAUCAACCAGAUGGUCAACAGCAGCGAUCGGUCCUUUAAGAGGACUCUGGAUCUCGGCUCUGCUCCAAAGCCUCUGAAGAGGUUACGGUUCGAUGUGGACGGACAGGAUGAAGCCGAUGGCAGCAAAUCUGGAGGAGAUUCUACACUGAUACAGAAGCUUGCAGAGAUGAGCUCCACUCGGAGUCGCAUGCAGGAGCAGAAGAUGAAGGAGGACGCAGAAGCAAGGAAGGAGUAACUCUAAAACCUACUGAACUGACCUGCACUGUUUGUCACAACGUGAACACUACCUUUAGUUCACACUUAAAGUGAAACAUGAGUUCCUGUACAUUUAGUAAUGAAUUUUAGUUUUAGUAUUUAACUUUGUGUUUGAGGAGUGAUAUGUGAAUAUAGGGGACAUUCUCCUCUCUUUUUUUUGUUGUUGUUGUUGUUGAUGCUUUAACUGAACUGUUUUAACUGAAUAAUGAUUGACAUCAUUGAAUUUAAUUUGAAUUUGACUUGUUGGAGAUGAAGUGUGUUUGCUUGUAAGAGUGGUAUUAAUUUGUGGAUGGUAUUAGAAAUCAUUGUUUUCACUGAGUGAGAACUGAGUGUUCUCAGUUGUCAAGAGCGUUAUAAAGGACACAUUGCUGGUUUUCUAGUUGUUAAAUAAUUGGUUGAGUCUGACCUUUUUCUUUUUGACAAAUUUCAAAUUUUUAUAUUUCAAAUGUUUCAAUCAUGAUGCAACAUUUCAAGUGUUAAAUCAUGAUUAAUCUCCGCAAAAAAGGAGUAAGUGUCAGUAUCAGUACGUCUUUCCCUGCUGCAGUUUUACUUUUAAUGUGAUAUUUUACUCCAACUUGGGAAAGUAUAGUUUGUAUCAUAAAGUGAGAACUUUAAAACAAUCAAAUAUCACUUAAAGGGAAAUCAUACAUAAUUUGCACUCAACCAAAAUUCAUUAUUAUAGAAUAGUUUCAAAGGAUGUGGUUACAGGUAAUGUCUCUCUUUGUAACAUAUAGUUUUAUAGUAACUUGCUUUACUUUUGCUUUGUAAAACUACAUCAUACAUCCAAUGCAAACCUAAUGUGUUUCAAUUAAAGGAAUAUUUUUUUUAUGUUUGCACUCAGUUUUCUACACAUCAGUAGGUUCAUUCUAAUUUUUGGAGUAGGAGGAUUUUGAGAAGGAGGAGAAAAACAUUACAACGAUGAAUAUAUUCCACAUAUAGCAAUGUGGACUCUGUAUACCACAGUAAAAUAUUGCUAGAAAUGUCAAUUACCAGAGUUUUUAAAUUAAAAUGUGUUUAUAUUGUA